AUGGCCAACAACAGCCCCACCGAUUACAAGAAACUAUUUUUGCAGGCCGAAGGGCGUCGGAGACAGGAAGAGGAGAGACGGAAGCAGGCUGAAGAACGAGAAAAAAUUGCCGAGGACAAAGAGAGGCAGGAGAGGGAGCGCAACCGACGAACAACAUUUAUAGAACUCAUACGCUUCUGCCACAGCUUACUCUCCCGGCCGUUGAGGGUUGAAACACCAUCUCGCUCGACUACAGGGAACAUACCCCUUCCCACCGGGAAGUACUGUCCCACGCGACUAGCACCGUGGACUGAUUGUUCAGCUCGACAACAAAAGAUCUACAGCUCUGUGUGCAAUUACCUACAGCCAACCGAGGAAGCCCGAGCAAGAUUGUUCACACCCUUGAUUGCGCUUAAGGAGGAUGCUAGAAGAUUCGAUCUCCGGCCAAUUAGCAGUGAACAGGGCCUCGAGAACUACGAGCGAAUCGCUGUGGAAGAUCAUGUCCGUGAUAUAAUUGCAGAGCUAUGCAAAAUCGACGCUGCUCGAGAUGAGUUUGGACUUGGAGAUGGAGUCUGGUUCGACAAUCACACCAACUCUUUCAACCCACACGGCGGUAGCGAAGCAAUUGCAAACCAGCCAUCGGGCGUACAUCACCCUCGACCUGACCAGUUCUGUAUCCACCGAGUCGAUGGCAAAACCAACACCCUCCUCACUACGGUUGAAUACAAGCCGCCCCACAAGCUUUCUAUCGAGGCCCUUCGCGUAGGGCUCAGGGAAAUGGAUUUGUGGAAAUGCAUGGUCAGAUCAAACAAAAUCACUACAGAUCGCGCUGAGAAAUUGAAAUAUAACGCAGAGCGGCUCGUAUGCUCCGCCAUUGUUCAGGAGUAUCAUGUGAUGAUUCAGGAGGGACUUGAGUACUCCUAUGUCACGAAUGGGGUCGCCCGUGUCCUUCUCCGCGUUCCAUACGACGAUCCUAGCACAUUGUACUACUUUCUCUGUGAUCCUAAUAACGAACAAGGUCUCGAAGAGCCGAAGACAUCUAUUGCUAGAGUUCUAUGUUUGUGCUUAAUGGCGUUCCGUUCCCCUAUUCGUGAUCAGGAAUGGAGAAAUUCCGCACGGUCGCGGCUUCCUUUAUGGACAACUAGCUUUGACCACGCUCGUUCUCAGAUCCCUAAGGAAGUCUUGCAGCAAAUCGCUCCGCAUUCCGAUAGUACCAACUCGGAGUAUGUGAGUCCAGAAACGAGUACAGACUACCAACCAUCAUCGCCUCCACUAGAGUCUCCAACAGUAAGUCGCCGAGUGCCCACGAGGUCUCGAGCUAGCUGUGCACCCUUAGAUAUCCGACACCGGACGCAAUCGCCAGACUCAUCAGGCUCGGACUCGAAUCAAGCCCCUGGGCGCAAACGGGGCUUCAGCCAAGUCACACCGUCCCCUUCUGCGCAAAGAGCGGCUCGUCAACGCGGGGCUAGGAAAGACCAAGGCAGCCAUUCUAAAAGCCAUGACGCCCAAUUUUGCACCCAGCGAUGUCUAUUCGGCCUGCAGACUGGAGGUAUUCUAGACGACGGUUGUCCGAACGUGGAGCUCCAUCGUCGGGGUCAAGAUGUCAUCAAACAUACUAUCGCCUCAGAUGAUUUAGUGCGUUUACUAAAAGCACAGCUAGAUGAAAACAUUGACCGAUGCACACCCCUUGGAAAUUGCGGGGCAUAUGGUGCGCCAUUUAAACUCAUUUGUGCUAUAUAUGGCUAUGUUGUCGUUGGAAAAGGGACUUCGUCGGAUCUCUGGAAAGAAGUCUCCCGCGAAGCGCAGGUAUAUCAAAUCUUACGGAAGGCUCAAGCAUCCGCUGUGCCUAUUUUCCUCGGUACAAUUGACUUGGCAAAAACUUAUUUUCUCCAUGGGGCUGGAGAGAUUCGUCACAUGCUCGUCAUGGGCUGGGGGGGCGAUAGCACAGCAACGAUGGAGCUGACGCCGGGACUUCUCAAUCAUAUUCACAAAUCGAAUAAGGAAAUCAAAGCCUUGGGAAUCGUCCACGAAGACCUUCGGCUUGAUAACGUCCUUUGGAAUGAAGAGCUCGGGCGGGCGUUAAUAAUCGACUUUCACCGCUCUACAUUGAAAUAUCGGCCAGCUCCAGAGCGAUCACGAGGAAAGAGACCUCUGUUGCGAACAGAGCCAGGCGAUGCAAAGCGUUUACGCAUUGUAUGA